UGUUGCAAAGAAAGCACAUGAUAAGAUGUCAAAAGGUGAACUGUAGUGCUGCAUGAGAAACUCAGGGAUGGCAGAGAAGUAUGUGAGGGUGGUGCAGGACAUGUAUCUGGACAGUGGUGUGUGUGGUUGGAGUGACAGUUGGGUUCAAGAUGGGGGUGGGAUUACAUCAUGGAUCUGCUCUGAGCCCCCUCAUGUUUGUAGUGGGGAUGGACAGGUUAACAGAUGAGGUCAGACUGAAGUCUCCAUGGACUUUGAUGUUUCCAGAAGGUAUUGUGAUCUCUAGUGAGAGCAGGGAGCAGGUGGAAGGGAUGGGGUUAUACACUGGUGAGAAGAGAAAUGAAAAUCAGUAGAAGCAACACAGAGUAAAUGUGUGAAUGACAGUGUAACAGUGUUACAGAGAGGAUGCAAGAAGCAGAAACAGUGAUGAUUAUUAAUUUAAAUGCCUGGGUCAACCAUCCAAAGUAGCAGGCAGAGCACAACAGAAGUGCAGGGUGUCAGGGUGUGAUCUGUUGCAUAAAGACAGAAGCAAGAGUGAAAGGGAAGGUUUACAAGAGGGUAUUGAGACCUGCUGCGAUGCAUGGUGUGGAGAUGAAGGCACCGAGUUGAAGGUAACAGAGCUGAGGAUGAUUUUAUUGGGAGUGACCAAGUGGCAAGGCUGAGAUGGUUUGGAUGUUGAAUGUGGAGCUGAGAAGAGAAAGACCUUGGAGGAAGUUCAUGGAUGUAGAGAAGGAGGAUCUGCUGUGGCGACCCUUAAAGAGAGUGACCGUGGGUGUUCACAUUGUCCAGCGGAUGUACGGCUGCGAAUGGGACGAUGAGACGAAUGAGGUGGACGGAUAUGAGCAGUUUGGUUAUGAUGGAGAAGACUUCAUAAUAUUUGACCUGCAGACAGAGACGUGGGUCGCUCCAAAACGACAGGCUGUGGUGACCAAACACAAGUGGGACAGUAACAACGCUUUUAUAACCAGUGUGAAGAACUAUUACACUCAGAUUUGUCCUGAGUGGCUGAAGAAGUAUCUGAACUAUGGGAGGAGCUCUUUAAUGAGAACAGUUCUUCCCUCAGUGUCUCUCCUCCAGAAGUCUUCCUCCUCUGCCAUCAGCUGCCACGCUACAGGUUUCUAUCCUAACAGAGCCGAGAUGAUCUGGAGGAAAGAUGGAGAGGAGACUCAUGAGGGUGUGGAGAUAGGAGAGAUCCUCACCAACAAUGAUGGGACCUUCCAGAUGAGUGUUAACCUGGAUCUGAGAUCUGUUCCAGCUGAAGACUGGAGGAGGUACGACUGUGUGUUUCAGUUCUCUGCUAUAAACGAAAAUGUCACCACCACACUGGAUAAAACAGCCAUCAGGACAAAUGAAGCCUCGACAGAAGUGCCCAGCAUCACGAUCGGCCCCAGCUCCAGCCCCACUGCCGUCCCCAUCAGCGUCCCCAUUGUCACUGCUGCUCUUGUUCUUGCUGGUGUUGCACUAAUCGGAUUCAUUAUUUACAAAAAGAAAACUGACAUGAAGACUUCACCUGAAGAUGAUCCUGAAAAGAGCCCUUCAGAUUCAAAACCUUCUUCAGACAUAACCAGCAAAACUGAGCUGAUGACAAAGUAAUUCUGACAAAGAGUGAAAUCUGGAACAAAGGAGACACUUUGAACACUUGGACUAACUUCACUUGAUGAGGAUUCUGCAUCACUGAACUCCUGAGAAAACAUUUCUACUGUAAUGGACAUUUUCUAUUCCAGCCAGGACACAACUGUCCUGACACAACCGCCCUGGGGCACGGGGUGGCUGUAACUCAGGACGUAGAGCAGGUCACCUACUGAUCGGAAGGUUGGUGGUUCGAUCCCAGACUCCUCAAGUCU